UCCAAAACAUCUGGCAUCUCUGAAACUCAGCUGAGCCUGAGCCAUGUUAUUACGAAAAUUAUAAGAUUACGAAGAUUACUAAACGAUUGCAAACUAUUUAAACAAAUUCUCAAAUAAUCAUAGUACAAAAUAAUUUCUACAUAACAUGUCUAAGUACAAAGAUCUAGUGCAGCUAUCGACUACGUACGCCCGGCGGAUGAAUCACCUUUCAAACCGGAUUUUCGGUGAAGUGACCCGGCCUACCAACUCCCAAUCGAUGAAGGUAGUGAAAAUGUUUAGCGAAGAACCAAUUCAUUGCCGAGAUUACGUGAAAAACUGGUACCCAAGGCACGUAGAAACGCAUUUGCUAGCGAUGAAACUACGGGAGUACGGUUUAUUCCGCGACGAGCAUCAGGACUUUAAAGAGGAAAUGAAAAGGCUACGAGCAUUGCGUGGUAAAGCUCCCCCCAAAAAAGGUGAAGGAAAACGUGCUAAAAAGUAACUGUACUUGAGGAGAAAUAAACAAACUUAUCAGUUAGUUGCUAGUUGGUAGAUUGUAAAA